GUUGCGUUGAGUGAAGUUGGUCGCAGACAUACGUACGUGCGAAUUUUGUGAAGUGUGGUACAUUUAAAGUGGUAUUAUUGCAAUUUUUACUAAGUCUUGUUAAUCCUUAUGGCUUUCCUCGUCUAGAAGCAAAGAUUUUUUUACCAUGACUAUGAGUGUGAUGAACUUUAACCGGAUUCGAGAACUUGUCUCGAAUUUGGGGUGGAUUGGAGAUGACCAUAUAUACAGGCCUGGACCUGAAUGCUUAGGUACGUUAGAAAUGUUAGAAGAUGAACUGAUGAAUGAAAACCCAAUGAAGCGGACUAUCCGUAUCAGCUUGCAUAUAUGCGGUACAGUUAAAAAGGAUCUCAUUCCCAUUAUUUGCUAUGCGAAGGAUCAGGCGGUAGUGGUUUGUGCCACAAAAAUUCUUGUGAACUUAAGUCUACCAAUUGAGUAUCUUAUUAUACCAAAUGGAACAGUGACGGGGCCGAGAUAUGAGAAUAUGAAAAAACAGCUUGCUAUUUCUUCAUUGGCUAUCAAGAAAGCCUUUCUAGAUGUAUCUGCGACAUUAUCUCUUGUUACCGUUCUAAGGGAAACGAUGAUAAAAUCUGAAAAGCAUAUGAUACCAUUGAAGGAAGAAGACUGUAAUUAUCUGAAGAAUUGUCUGCUCCUCAUCAGAAAUCUUUUACACAUACCAGAGCGUAAUGUAAUCUUGGAUCCAAAAUUUUGUGAAUGGCGUUCUGUGCAAAGCAAAUUGAUAUGGAACUUAUUUGUUCAGGGAAUCGAUGGAGCUCUUUUGCUUAUGUUCAAUAGUAGAUACAGAGCUCACUGGACCGUUCCAUUGGCUCUUAUUAUGGCGCUUCUUUACAAAAACCAGAAUGUAGGAAAAGUUCAUCGAGCUAUUGAGUUAAUCUCUUCAGCUUCUGAGACUUCUGAAGACGAACAAGAAAGUGAUGGAUCCAAAAAUUCUUCUACGUCUUUAAGCAGUGAACAAUCGAAGAAUAGGGAUACAUGUCUUGAUUCCGGCUGUCCUCCUGAAGCAAUUUUUCCUUUGAAAACUAAAAGAAAUCGGAGACAGUUAAAAGGUGAAAAUACAAAAAAGGAACCACUUGUAUCAGAUAUCCAUACCAAGCUUGAAAAGGUGCAGAUUAAGGAUGAUUGCACUUCUAAAACAACACAAACGAAAUCCCAAAAAGAUAGCGAAAACAAACAAAAUAUUAUUUAUGCAGAUGGAAAUGCGUCUGAAAGUUCCAGUGGCUCCGAAACACCACAGCAUAAAAGAAUGAAAGGAUAUUCUUCUCCGGGUUAUGCUAACGUCGAUGAUAUGGCUAACAAUUCUAAAACUGAUUCUGCUGUAAGUAUGAGAGGCAGCUCUCCGGAAAUGAUGAAUACUAAAUCUUCUGAUGAUGAUAUUUUUGAACAGACACAGCCGUUAAAAAAUCUGAAAGCUGUCCAGAAGUUACGCUGCAUGCAAAUGAAUUCCAAAAUGUCAGAAAGUGAUUCAAGUAAUGAAGAGAUUCAUAGUAAUAAACUAAAAUAUCGCAAUCACCCACCUACUGGGCGACGUGGUAAAAGUCCAAGAAGAAAUACUGGUUGUUCCCCUUCGAUUUGUAUGAGUUCUGCUUUUGAAGCGUCUUCUUCCAAGGGGAGAAUAAGAUAUCCUUUGUGGGAGAAAAGGAAUAGUGUGUCAACCUUAGUAGCAAUUACAUCACCUACACCAUCGGAUGAAGAUAUUGGAAAUCUUAUGAAGGAGUUCACUUUAAGUUUCUUGCAUAGUGGGUUUUCCCAUUUAAUUUUGGAUUUAAAGAACUUACUGCUGGAAGGGCCUUCUCUUACAAUCGACAAAUCUUUAUUUUUUUGGAUUCUUAGCUACUUUCUGAAUCUUGCUACCAAUUCACACAUUUGCGUGGACCAUAUUAGUGACAUUCUUAGUGUCGACAUUGUCAGUUAUCUUGUAUAUGAAUGUACUGAUGCUUGUGAAAAUAUGGAAUUCCAUACACAGCAAAAUACAAAAAUUGCUCAAUACGUCGCUGUUAAUUUGAAUUUGCUAGUAAUAGCUUUGAAAGAGAUAAUGUGCACUAUCGAUAUGUGUUCUAGAAGAUGCACUUCACCUAAAGACAAAGCUUUGUUUAAUGAACUUAGUGGUAAACUUGCUGGCCUACAAGAUUUGCGAAAUAUGCCACUUCUACUGUUUCGAAAUUGUUCUCAAGUCGAUGCCCUGCGGUUCUUGGAAGACGUUAUUGUGCUAAACCACCAGAUAUUGGUCAUUAUUGGUAGAGGGUCAGAUCAUUGUCUUGAACCCAAUAAAGUAAACUUUUCAGCACACUUAAAAAUGUUUUGCACUGGAGAAAUUGUGAGUUAUUAUGGAAAAGUUCUGGAGUAUUUCAAAUGUAAUAGCCACUUUCUGAAUGAUUGUGUUUUUACAAUGAUGCAUCAUAUGGCUGGAGAUAUGCGCUCCUAUGAGUUGCUGUUUAAGCCAUCUAUUCUGAAAGUAUUUUCUGAAAUGCUUAAAAAUGAAAUGGAACUAGAACAAUAUCAAGAAGAUUUGAUUAUGUAUAUCCUUAACAAGUUCAGUGUCCAAGUUUACCAAAAAGCAUUAAAAGAAGAAAAUAUCGAGAAAUCUGCUCCAUGCUCUAGUGGCGUCAAUUCUUCUUCCGAUAGUUGUACCAGCAGCAACUGUGCACUGUCUGAAGAUGAUGACUUAUUUUGGUGGUAUCUUCAAUUUGAGCAAGACAAUGAUCCUAUAUCCAAAAUAUCAGAACAUGUUCCUACGUCUAAACGAGAUAUAUUAGCUAAAUUGCAGUUAAAAGGGCAUAUAUCAGAUGAUAAAUACAGGAAGUUGGAAGAAAUAAUGGAGGCGGUGCAUGAUAACAAUUCAGAAGUGUCGAGUGAAAAUUCUUCUAACUCUGAUGAUGAUAUUACACGCCUUCUCAGAAUUCUUGUUCAGGCCGGAGAAAGGCAGCACAUUAUAUGGUUGCAAGAAAAGUUCCUUGAAGUCUGUUAUAUCAAAUUAGGUUUGAAUACUUACCUACCAGAAUCUGUUCCCUUUUAUUGCAUGAAAAUGAAUGUAUCUGUACCUUUGGUACCUUAUACUGAGGAGCAACGAGCAAUGUUUCGAGACCCAACAUUUCUUCAGCUACUUCAAAACUUAGGUUUAUAUCUUGACUCAGGUGUUUGCCAAAUGUAUCCCAGAAUACCUGUCUCUUGGACUGCAGAUAUGCUGUUUAAUAUUGCUACUCGUCUAGGCCCUGUGAAGAAAGAUAAAUUAAAAUUCUUCUAUGAUGAUCUGAUGUUGUCUAAUUCAUGUCGUGAUGCUGUACCAGUCAAGAAUAUUAAUGGUCCUCCUCUCCCACCUUUAUCUUCAUGUAUCACUUUCAGCUCUUGGCUAACUGCUGUUCAAAAGCAUAAGAUGGCUGUGAAACCUAAUUCCUAGACAGAAAGAUAGAAGUCUUGCAUUUUGAGAAAUUUGAAUUCAUGCCUGAAAGCCAUUUGAUACUGAAUACCUCAUCGGCACAGAAAUAUUAUGUCUUAUGUGAAAUAUGCACAUUUUCGUUUUUUGACAUUUAACUGAAAAGAUAAUGUUGGAAUUCUUGUGUAAAUUUUCUCAAUAGUUUCUAUUUUUUUCUUAGGAUCUAUAUACCUGAUAAUUUAUCUUAUGACAUCAAUACUUUUUGUUAGUUUUCAGAAAAAAUCCAUGUAAGUUAGGAAUUAUGAUGCUGAAAGAGACUCGGGAAUUACUGUAAAAAUUGAUUAAUCUUCGGCAAUUUUUGUUCGAUCUAUUGAUGUUUUUAUUACAUCGAGAUGCAUUUAUUUAAUAUAUUGCAUCUAAUACAACUUGCAUUUUUUGAUUUUAAUUUUACCUUCUUAAUCAUGUAUUUGAAAUACUCUAUUAAUUUCGUAAGAUUAUAUUGAGCCGAUCAUUUACAAAUUGUAACGACUUAGUUGUCUGCUACGCUACUCUCGAGAUAACCAAUUCGUCUGUCCUAAAUAGGACAGAUCGAAGCGACAAAAUUUAUAGCUUAAGUACUGUACAAUUUAUAUUAGUGAUUAAUAUAUUAAUGAAAAAAAGAAAAGAAUUCUUCUAUUAAAAUGCCUUUUACAGGGCAAUAAAUUAAAUUAAUAUAUAUUACCAUUUUAAAUAUAUAUUGAUUUCAUGUUAUAUGGACAAGAGUUUUCGUUAAAUUUUAUUAUUGAACAAAACUUCUCAUUAAAUGGCGAAGAUGUUCAUGAUAUUUAAAUUGGUUAUAGGAUGCAGUGUAAAUAUAAGUACCUAAAUUCUUAUUAUAGACAUGAAAUAUAAUUUUUGGGUUUGAACUUGUGAAAAGUUAUCCAAUUGAAUAAAAAGAUCCUUUUCUUAUCUUGCUGGUUUUGACUUGUUUUGUAACUGAAUCUGUAUUUCAUCUUCUGAAUACAGUUACAUUAUGUUUUGUCUUUCUAAAAUUUCAAACCAGCUUAUUAAUAUGACAUGAGAUCUGUCUUCAAAAUUCACAGAUCACAGGAAAUGAUGCAUGGCAUUCCAUUGAUUAAAGUUUUGGAAGCAUAAUUUGUUGAGUAUGUUUCACAUAUCUUUUAAAUACCAUUAUCAUAAUUUGUAAUUUAAUGCAUCAGUAUUUUUUUUUUUUUGAGUAAUUCAAGUACAGUUUAUCCCGUUUCAGUUUUUUAGAAUAAUUUUCACUUUAAAUAUAUUAUUAAUAUCUCAUAACUUCAAGUAGAGUAUUUUUUUUUCAUUUGUAGAAGUUUUUAAUGGUAAAUAUAUCUUAAAGAUGACUUUGUGAUAAGGUAAAUAUGUCUUAAAAAAGACAGUCUGAAAAACUGACUUUGGUUUAAUUCGUGAAAGAAGUUCAAAAAGUAUGUACGCUUAUUGAAGAAGCAUGAUUCAAACUCAGAAUUCCUUCAAAAUGUUUGUCAUCAUAAAAGUAAAGUAAAAAGGUAUUUAGGGAUGCAAUGGGACAAGAACAGGUGCAAUAGUAUAGAUAAAGAAUUUAUUAAGUUUAAUAAUUAAACCUUACGAAUGACAUUUUAUGACAAAGUGAUAAAACAUUAAAAAUGUUUCUAAAUUUUACAUCAUGGAAAAUCUAGAUUCCGUAAAAUCAUCACAUUUGAACAAUUUUUUAUCGACAUCGAGCUAUGUUGUCAUAUAUUUACAUGUUUUUGUCUUCGUUUCUCAAAUGUGUAGAAAAUACGUUUGUUUACCCAUGGAAACAAUAUCAUGGACUAAAAAAUUCAUUUUCAGCGUUUGAGAUCUGUUUUUUAAUGGUUUUAAAAAGUGUAUUUUUAGAUUUUUUUUAUUAUUAUUCCUUUUUUCAAAAAUAAUUUUGCACUAUUAACUAAUACCCUUUUCUUAUUCGCUAUGAAUUGAAUCAUUUAAGGUUUCUAUACAUUUCUUUAGGAUCCCAGUUCUGUUUAUUCUCCUUGACGAUUAAAAUAAAAUUUCUUCUAUUUUAAUAAAUGGAAUUUUUAAAAAAAGAUUCGCUUCUUUCAUUUGCUUCUCAUUAUGUUAUUCAUUGCAUCAUUUGCAUUAUUCAAAAGGUCCUUGUUGAACUGGAUGUUUUUAAAAUCCUGAUUACAAAUAAUACUAGUACAAACAACCACAUAACUGUUCAUUAAUCUAUAUUCACUCAUUAAAAACAUAAGUGUUACUCAGUCAAAAAAUAUGUAUAAAAAGGCUGUGAAUAAUAGAUUAUGAAUUAUAUUCACUGUUUGUUCAUUUGCGUAUAUCAGUGAAGAAAAUUAUUGGUUAUCGCCAGUAGUAUCAGUAAAUAGGUGGCAAGUACAAGUGAAAAAUUAUGACAGGGAAAAGUUAAGCUCUGAUUUUUUUUGCCUCCGUUUUUCUGGAUAAGGAAACUUCAACACAAAAUAUAUGCAUAUAUUUUAAGAGAUAAGAAAGUCAUAAAAAUUUAAUAUUUUUCUUCUUUCUCUACUGAUUAAAAUGUAACUACUGUUAAAAGAAAGGUUUAUAUAAUAUUCUAUAGUUGUUGAACUAUGCAUAUUUUGAAGAAUUAAAGCACUGAGUAAAUAUUAUGAACUUCUGUUUCUCUUAAUGUAAAACAAUAAUUUGAAGAAGUUGAACAUAAAAUAUUGUCAGUUCCAUUUAUCUUAUGGCCGGAAGAAAUGAGAUUAUCAGGAAUGUUGUUUCAUUAUAGAAUGGUUAUUAUAUGUGAAUAAUUCUGUUUAAAUUAUACGCUAUAAAUUAAACAAUUUUGGCGCAGUUUCUGGUUUUUAAUGUCAUAAUAAAAUGUAAAACCGAGAGCUUUACAUUUCUAAAUCAUUUGAGAAAUUACAGUAUCCUCGAAUCCGCUUUGAUGUGGAAUUCUGGAAAAGAAGCUCGUAUUCAAAAGGAAUAUGCAAUAACCUUGGAUUUUAAAGACAACUUUUAAUUGAUCAUGCUUCGAGAUCAAAAAAAUAUAUGUAAAUUAAUUAUUUACAUGCAUUAAAUUUACCUUUCUCAAAUUCUUUUAUUAAAAAAAUCUGAAAUCAGACUAAAAUUCCAUGCUGAAUAGAAAAGAUGUGUUUUCUACAGAUGUUAUGUAUUUGUGUAAUGCAUUUUAUGCAUAGUUUUUUUUUUUCUCCUCCUAUGUGUCGUAAUUAAUCUAAAUUUUGAUUGUGUUGGAGGAGGCAAGUGCAUUUUGGUUGCAAGUGCAAAGAAACUGUUGGUAUCGAUUGGUUAUUUAUAUAUAAAUAUCUAUAUAUUUAGGAUUCCUUUGUAUGUAUAUCAUGUUUUAAGUUUUAAAAAUAAAAUUUGUGUUU